CAAACUGGGAAACUUUUGUGCGAGUUCUCGAAACAAAGCACAAUUUCGCGUCGGUGAGGUGUCGAGGCAGCAGGAAAAAACCGUUUAAAAGAACGCUAAGUGGUUGUAGUUUACAGAACUAUCAAAAUUUUGUUUCAAACAUCGUAACUGUUCGAAAGAGAAGCCGUGCAUUCCGCGCCCGACUUCUCGCGACUGCGUUCAAUCCGUGGCAAUUGUAUCGCUGAUGUCAUAGAAUACACCAACCCACAGUACAAAUGAGCAAGAUGACGAGAUACGCGGAGGCCAAAUCGGUGAAGGUGGACAACUGGGGUGUUUUCUUUCUGCAGAAGCUGCAGAACUUUUUCAACAAAACGGACCACUGCGAUCUGACGCUCCAGUUCAAUGACAACUCCCAGCUAAAGGUGCACCGGCUGGUGUUGUCCGCGUGCACCGACUACUUUAACCAUUUGGAGAACGUGUGCGAGAUGUACGACGACGUGUUGAUCAUGCCGAUGGAUCUGCAGGCGGACGUGAUUGUACCGAUCGUUAACUUUAUGUACACCGGUACGCUCGAGUUCCAGUACAACAUGUACGAUCGAUUGCUGAAGACGGCCACGGAUAUGAACAUGACCGUGCUGCUGAAGCUGCUCGAGGCCCACCGGCAAACGUCACGGAUUGCGAAGCAACCGGUGCUGCUGAACAAACAGGCACCACGGCCCGUCGGCCGGUCGAUGCCGGUGAACAUGUUUCCCUCCGCAGCCCAGCGGAAUCAAGCUCAGGCUAACCGGGGCCGACCACGACAGCAGGUAAUGCGUCAACCGACGGUAUCACAUCCGACGAACAGAAGUAUUAACAUGUCACAUCCGUCUUCGAUUGUUUCAAAGUAUUCCCACACGAAGGACGUAAAGCCAGGGCCAUCGCGUUUCGACGACACGGACCUAACGGAAGGGUUCGAGGGGUCGUUCGAUACGAUUUCGUACGAAAGCAAACCGCUGCUAACGGCGGACCAGGUGAAAAAGGAGGAGGAAGCGUCCCCCUUCGAAAAACUUCGCAAAGGCUACACCAAUGUUAACGUGGUGAAGCGUACGUCGAGCGGUUCCGUCACUUCGCCACCCGCCAAGAAACCCAACUUGGAUGAGGUGAAGGAGUUUACCGAAGCGGCCCGUUUGCGCAGUCAGCUGACGACCGAUGACGAUGAUUCGCCCGACUACGUCGAUGACGAUACGCACUUCAACGACGAUGACGAUGAAGAUUAUCAGCCUCCAGCCUCGUUGAGGGCGGCUUUAGCCAAGGCCGCCAAUCAACAGGCCGGCGGCGGUAAGCAGAUCGUGAUCAAGCAGGAAGUUAAAUCGCCCGGCAACACCAUGAAGCAGAUCACCGUCAACGACAGUACGGGCAAUGUGGAUCACGCAAAAAUCAUCUCGGAAGUACUCAAAAAGUAUCCGCAUCUGGUAAAGAAGAACAAAAACAUCAAGCUAAAGAUCAUGCAGAAAGGGGUGCCUGCGGCCACGACCUCCAUUAGCCAGGCUGUCGGUGGAAGUACCAGUAGCGCCAGCACCAAGGGUGGCGCCCCGACCAAGAUGGAAAUACGAACUGCGACGCCUCUAAAGCAGGACAUGUCGAUGGUGCGCAAAGCGUCGGCCAACAUACGCAGCGAGCAGGCAAAACCCGCGGCCACGGGAAGCGGAAGUUCGGUGGCGGGCGCAAAACCGGGUGCACCGAAAACGAUCGACGCAAAGACGAUGCACGCGCUGAUUGCGAAGGGCGCUGAAAACAUGACCGGUCCGUGGCUCUGCCUUCGCUGUGGUAUCAACGGGCGCCCAAUAAGCAUCCCCAACUACAAGGCCUUCCGCAACCACCUGAUCGUGAAGCACAAGGAGCGCAUCGAUCCGCGCAUCUGCGAGCACUGCGGUUUUAAGGCGGAACAUCGCAAUCCGAACCUGCUGUACCACUGGUACACCGAGCACAAGAUCAAGUCGGCAUUGAAGUUCCCCGAGUGCGACGAGUGCGACUACGUGGCGAUGAACGCGUCGGCUCUUCAGAAGCACGAGGAAGAGCAUCACACCAGCGGGGAAAUGCAACACUGCAUCUACUGCAACAAGGUGUUCGCGAAGGAGAUGGAACUGUACUACCACAUGAAGGAACAGCACAAGCAGCGCGCUCUAACGGACGGUGUACUCGACUUUACCGACGACGACGAGUAUCAGGAGGAGCAGCAGCAGGAGGUGCUAGGGUUCUCGCCGGGAUCGAAGGUGUCCGCCGCUGAUGCGAAAAUCAAAAUACUCUCCAACAUAACGCUGCCGCCGGCGAAGGGUAUCUCGCUGGAACCAUCGUCCGAGGCGGAAGCGCUAAGCAACGUCGCCACCGGAAUAGCCACCAGUUUGGGGCUGGUCGGGGACAACGGUGUAGUGUUGGACGAUGCGAACUACCAGAACCAAUUCAUCGAGGCGGAGUUGGCCAGUGUGCAUGGGGAGAGCGCCGUGACACUCGCCGGCAGCAGCAGCACGGUCGGGGGAGAAAACAUCAUCACAAAACUGGUCACCGAAGAUGGCACCGAGCUGCAGCUGACGCAGUCGCAAAAGGAUGAGAUUAUUUCGCAGCUACAAAAUCCAAGCGCGAACAAUGUAGUUAUGGUGCUGAACGAGGAUAACUUUGCCGACGGAUCAACCCUCCAGCUUGGUGAAGGAGUUCAGAUCGUAAAUACUGCUUCCACCGACAACCAGAACCUCAUGCUAAUGUACAGCCAGGAGAGCGCUUCGGAGAAUAACGACAGCCAAAAGUCGGAAACGAAAGCCGACGUGACGAUGGCGUCGGAGGACGAUAAUUCGCAGGUAUCGAUGACAUUGUCAGAGGACAGGCCGGGAACGGCCGAUGGCAAGCGAUCGAUGGACGGUGAUACACCGAUGGAGGAAGGUGACGAAAGCCAGGAAUCACGCAAAACGGACGCCACCGAUAAGGACGAGCAUCGACAGGAGCAACAGGAGCAGCAGCAGCACGGUGAGGAACAGGAGGACGACGAUGCGGACAUGUCGGCUGAAUUGACUUCGGAAACGAACGAGAAUUCCCUGCAACAGGCCGCCAAAGAUGCUGGCAUUGAGGAGGACGAUUCCAAGUCGACCGAUGGAAAAAAUGCCGACGAACAAUCGGAGGAACGGCAAAAGUCAGACAAGCUGAAACUUAUAUCCGAGCUGGAGGGGGACUGGUCUGAGGACACGGCCGAGGAGCAGGCCACACCACCGGCUAAGGUGGUCGCCGGCGCUGAAACCACCGGCGAGUCUGGUAAAAAGGUUGACGGAGACAGUAGAAAGUCAGCCGCUGCCGUUGUCGCUGCAUCGAAGAAAUCACCGGAACAUGCAAACAAAAAGAAGGAAUCCCCGAACGCGGAAGGAAAAGACAUUGACAAGUUGCUGGACGAUUGGAACAAUGAGGUAAAACUGGGAGAUUCGGAUUCGGCCGACGAGGGAGAUUUGGAGAAAAAGAUGGAAAAGGUAAUUGGAACUCCACCGGCGGAUUCCGCGCUCGAUAAGAGUAGCGGUAGCCUGAAUGAAUCCGCCUUGAAGAAGGAGAAAAAUAACGAACAAAAGGAGGUAAAAGCUGCCGUCGAGUCUAAAGAUAAGGCAGAGGACAAGAACGCAUCCGCCGGUAAGAAGCUGGAAACGGAAAAGCCUGCGAAAGUUGUAGAUGGUGGAAGUAGUUCGCAGAAGACGAAGAAAAAUGGAACAACUACUACCAGCGAUGCCCCAGUUAAAAUGCCAUCUAGUGAUCCCGAAGACGACGCCGCCGUGGCAGAUGAUCCCGAGGAUGAGGACGAUGACGAUGAGAAAGAUAAAACCUCCUCCAAGUCAAAAGAAGUAAGUUCACUUAUCGGUGAAUGGGACGAAGAUGAUGAUCUAUAACAUGGGUCUAAUCAUCCCCAAGAAAAGUAGAAAAAGUGCGGAAUGCAGUGCAUAAUGGUUCAGUCUAUUGUGUUUAAUGGCACCGCGUCGAGAGGAUUCGUAUGUUAGUUUAAGGCUCUACAGUAUCGCAACCGCGGUUUUCUUCACAGUAAUCUAAUGCUGACUUUAAAUUCAUACAUUUUUAAUAUUUUGCUUUUCUUAACUACUCAAACAAAAUCCACUGAUGUUAUUGUGAAAAGAUAAGCAGCCUGUUUAAGGUAAAAGAAAGUCUUG